CUUGUCUAUAUAUCACUUUAAGCCUUGUCUAUCUAUCACAUCAUGUAUCGCCGUGCUGCAUCCAGCGUCCUUACAGCCCAUCGUAUAUAUGGUGCUGCUAAUCGCCAGCGAUAUCCCUGGCAUAUCCGGGCUGCAUUCCAUGAAACUCGUCAUACUCAUCUGUCGGCCGAAAUCUCACAGAUAGUUCCGAGCCUGGAUGCACCCGAUCUGAGCUACGCCCAGGAACCUGGUCACGUCCGCAGCGUGUGUGAGAUGCUCCAGCAGAGGGGCAUCCUCAAGGUCAUCCUGGGAUUUGCUGAUGAGAAAAGCCGAUAUCUCGAGCAGCUGCUCCUGAGCCUGCAUCGAGAUCACGGUCAUCAACUGCCCAUUUCUCACAGCGCUACCCGCGGCUGGUUCUGGGACGUUCUCCCGUCUUCGACCAGCUUCCAGUCAGCCAACUGCCAGGCUCGAUCAGAGACAAUGGAGGACUUCCCCUGGCACACUGACUGCAGCUACGAGAAUCCUCCACCGCGCUACUUCGCCCUGCAGGUGCUUCAGCCUGAUCGCUACGGUGGCGGAACGCUUUCUGUCAUGAAUGUGGAGCGACUCAGCGAGCUGCUUUCACCCGAGGCCAGGGAGUCUCUGGCCAGACCCGAGUUCCUCAUCCGCACACCACCCGAGUUUAUCAAGCACCCCGGCCACCAGCACAUAGUGGGAAGCAUCUUGCUGGCCAACGACGAGGGCCGGCUCAACUUGAUGCGCUUCCGGGAAGAUCUCCUGACGCCCCUGAGCGAACGAGCGUCGGCUGCUCUAGAGGAGCUGAGACAAGCCCUGCAGGGAGCCGAAGCGAGAGACCACUCGACCUUGCACCUCACUGCCAAGGCCCUUCCAGAGCGGUCCAUCAUCCUCAUUGACAACCGGCGGUGGCUGCAUGCGCGGAAUCACGUCAAGGAUCCGGAGCGGCAUCUGCGUCGGGUGAGAUGGGAUGCCGUUCCCUUUACUGGAGCCUCGGCGUAG